AGUAGACAUUGUUCUGUCUGGUAAGGCGGGAUUUGUCUGGAGGAUUAAGUGUAGAAUUCGAAAACAUUCUGGUCGUCUGUCGAGACAACAGAGAGAUAAUUCCAAUAAAAAGUGGCUGAUUAAUGACAAGCUCAUUUUAUUUGCGAUACUACGUUGGUCAUAAGGGCAAGUUUGGACAUGAAUUUCUUGAGUUCGAGUUCAGACCAGAAGGCAAGCUUAGAUAUGCUAACAACUCUAAUUAUAAAAAUGACACAAUGAUUCGGAAAGAGGCGUACGUAAGCCCUUCUGUAAUGGAAGAACUGAAGAGAAUCGUGUUGGAGAGCGAUAUUAUGUCGGAAGAUGAUGCUUCGUGGCCAGUACCUGAUAGAGUUGGCCGUCAAGAGCUUGAAAUUGUUUGUGGCGAUGAACACAUAUCUUUCACAACUUCAAAAAUAGGAUCUUUGAUUGACAUUACGAAUAGCAAGGAUCCUGAAGGAUUAAGAACAUAUUACUACCUAGUUCAGGACCUGAAGUGUCUGGUGUUCUCGCUAAUUGGAUUGCACUUCAAAAUAAAGCCAAUAUAAUACGUUCCGUUUCUUAGUAUUUUUCUGCUUCAGCUUAUCUUUUUGGGCAACUAGGAGCAAGCCACCAAUAAUUUGAACAAAAAUGAUACCCGGUUGGUGUACAGUAGUAUUGUAAUUUUAGGCAAAGUAAAGAUGAACGUAUAACUUCAAUUUCGCGUCAUAGGUUGAAACAUCCUAUAAUUUUAGUAUCGAUACAUGGCUUUCGACACUGUUUUAAUGAGUUCUAGUUUAUGAAGUUCGUUAGUUGGGUUGGAUGUCAGUCAUCUACAACUUAGGACCAAGCACAUAUAUUCGUCGGUCCAAGUUGUCAUACCUCAUUAGCACAACAAGACCAGCACCGAAUUCAUGGCAGUUACUCCAGUAAUGCAAAAACUAUUUUUAUGUAAGGAUAUAAUUGAGGCAGAAAGGAGUAUUUGAUAGAAUGAAGAGCAUAAUAAUAAUUAUUAUUUGAACACAUAAAUAU